AACUAUGUUGGUGACUCCAACGACAUCAUCUCUACUCACAUCAAGAAAUCACUACUAUUGCUGCUCAUCAUACGCGCUCACUCUGAAGCAACCCAAGCCGCAAUCAACAGCCAGAGGUCCAAAUUUCACCCACAGGACGCGAAACGCGUCCGCCACACCUCGCGACAAUGUUUCCGCCAUCCGGCAGCUACAGCGUAGACAUUGAAGCCAUCUCGGGAAUCUGCGGUUCCAUUUCCAUCGCCUGCUGGGUCGUCGUCUUCUCUCCUCAAAUUAUCGAAAAUUUCCGAAGAAGUUCUGCUGAAGGCUUGAGUGUCGAAUUCAUCAUCAUCUGGCUUCUCGGAGAUAUCUUCAAUAUUCUUGGCGCUGUCCUGCAAAAUGUUUUGGCUACGAUGUUGAUUUUGGCGAUUUAUUAUACUUUGGCGGAUGUUGUGCUGUUGGCGCAGUAUUUUUAUUAUACGGGUUUUCGAUUGAGGGAUCCGAAGCCUGUGAAGGGUGGGAAUGGAACGGUGGAGGAUGGUGUUGGAGGGCCUACGGAGAGGUCGCCGUUGAUUUCUAAUGGAACUGCGAAUGGCCAUACGAGCCCUACGAGAAGGCAUGCGAGUGCGGCUGAUGUCGAAGUGCGCGCUCGCUCAAGCUCUGCUUUCAGAGAGCGCCUUGCCAGCCUCGAUUUUACGCACUCUUCGCCAGCCGUGCCAAUUCACGCACAACCAAAGAACGCCAAAGACGCUGAUGCGCUCAAGCCACAUCAGCCAAGGACCUUACUUCAAUCAGUUCUGUUCAAUGGCACUGCAAUUCUGCUCGUUGUCCUAGCCGGUAUUGCGGGCUACUACCUCACUCCAUCCACUCCCGAGGACAAGCGCGGAAAUCCUGCGAAAGAGCAAGCCGACAGCCUUCAAUUCAGCACAUGGGGACAAGUCUUUGGCUACAUCUGCGCUGUUCUGUAUCUCGGCAGUCGCGUUCCUCAGCUCUUGCUCAACUACCGAAGGAAGUCUACCGAAGGCUUGAACGCGCUCUUCUUCCUCUUCGCAUGCAUCGGAAACCUGACCUAUGUUUGCUCCAUCUUUGCUUUCAACCCGAUCUGCAGCCGGCACCGCCAUGGCCAUUGGCAGUCCAGUCAAUGCCAGCCCGGAGAGGCUUCAAGUAUCUAUGGCCGAUACAUCCUGGUCAACUUGAGCUGGCUCAUCGGCAGCUUGGGCACUCUCUUCCUGGACUUCGCGGUCUUUGUUCAGUUCUGGAUAUAUCGCGACAGCAACGCGCCCGAAGUUGACUCAGCUAACGAAACGCUCGUUGACUCGGACGAUGAUCGCGGCAGAGACGCAAGCUCACGCUAGUUGGAGUCAAAAAGCAGGUUUCGAAGCCGUCCACACUGUAGCAGGAACUCUGCGAAUCUGAAACUUGGAUUGCGCUUGGCCACUGCUGAAGCUAUACAAUGGCGAAAACAAGACGUCUGACCAUCGGUGAGCUCGGUUGGUCCAAUGUAAGCAUCGGCUCCCCCCUACAAAAACAGAA